AAUUUAUAGUGUUGAUGAUUUUUUGUUAUAGAAUGUAAUAAAACAAGCGGUUCCAAAAACAGUAUGAGUUUAACAGAAUGAAUCUUUUUCAGAGUAUAACUGACAGCCUAAAUGCUGGGGCUUGUGAAAAGGACCAAAGAAGAAAUCGAAAAGAAGUGGAAGAAUAUGAAAAGCAGCAGAAAGAAGAGUUACUCAACCUUCCACAGGGCGACAACAACAACUGGCGGCGGUCCUCCACCGACACCACUCAGCCCCGUUACUGACAAUGUCAUUGACGUCAUUGGCAGAGAAAAUGAAAUCCUAAGAGGGAUUAAUCAGACCAUGGACUCCACAAUGCUGCAAAUCUUGAAUAUGCAACCAGUCCAAAAAGGAUUUUGUGAACAAGUUUGUGAACCAGCACAGGUAUUUCACAUUCCAAGUCCAUCACCUCAAUUACCUCAGCUCUAUCAACAGGUCCCACCACAACCUCAGCUGCCUCAGCCACUUCAGCCACUUCAUGCUCUGAUGAGAGAAAGACUGCAGUUAGAGGUGGAAUGUCUUAAGUUAAAGAAGCGUUACCUCAAGCAGAAACUUAAUAUGGAAGAGUGAUUCACAGUUAUAAU